UUUUGAGUUUUUCUUUUUAAUCAUACGAACGAACAAAAGGAGGACUUUAAACAAAUCGAAUCCUUUUGCUUCGAGAGUUAUCACGUUGAAUUGUAUCUAUGUGAAAACAAAAAAAGAAAGAGAAAGAUAUAUGUAGAAGAGAGGAGGAAGGUGUAAUCGGAAAAUCGUCAAAAUUUGUUUGUUCAUCGUUCGAUUAACGUUUGGAAAUACUGGGACUGUUGUUGUUGGUUUAUUUUCGUCGUGUUGCUCUCUGGGAUAAAGAAGUUAUUACAAUAAAAAAAAAAAAAAAAAGAAAGGAAGAAAAAAUAAAGAAGAAAAGAAUAUAAAGUAAAGUAAAAAAAACAAAAAAUUAAAAAAAAUAAAAAGAUAGUAGUGCACAGUGCGUAUCUACAAUUUAUCUGUUUUUUUCUCUCUUCUCCUCCCCCUCUUUACCAACGUCAUGCAUGACCGGUGAAAGUUCGCUUCAACGAGUGCAUUGAUCUACUGAAAUUAAGAGAGCACAGAGAAAAACGCAGGUGACGUAAAUCGAGACGGCGGCGUAUCAGAAAGAAAAAGCUUCGAGGAAGCUAAAGAAGGAGGAGGAGGAAAAGGAGGGGGAGGAAGAAAAGAAAGAGGAAGAGGAAGAGGAAGACGUAAGGUGGCGUAAAAGAAGGAAGAGAAGAAGGUCGAUUAGGGUUGUGGAACUUUUUCAUAGAGGAAAAAGAAGAAUAAGAAUAAUAAGCAAUAAUAAAAACAAUAACACUACUACCAACAACAACAACAACAACAACAACAACAGUAGUAGUAUCAGCAAUAACGUUAACUUGACGAAGAAAACGUGUUGGUGGUUGAAGGGGAGGAGGAAGAGGAGAAGGAGGAAGAGAAGGUGUAGAGGAACGUGGAUGAUGUGCAGGUGGUGAGAAGAAGAAUAGGAAGAGACUGUUGUGAUAAUCGUCAGCUGUUCCGCGCGAAAGUGUUUUAUACAAAUUAUUAACGAAAAAGGGUUUUGUAAAAACAAUUGAAAAAAAAAAAGUGAUUAUAAAAAGGAAGUGAAUUAGUUGAGCCUUUUUAAAAGGCUGUGAAGAUAUCAAGGAGGAUUAGAUGGUGGAGGUGCUCGAGGGCCUGGCUCUGGAGGCAACGGGGCCGUGCAGGGCACCUCGCACCUAUCCAGGGCCGGGCAAGUUAAAGGCCCAAUUAAACAGCGUCGCUUUUAUCGUCGACGCUGAUUAUAUUUUAUUGAGACUCGUCUUCCCUCGUUGCUUAUUGGAGCCCAAAAAGGGCUCCUUAGUUCGGAGCGAGGCUGGCGAGCGCAAUGUGGCAAAGCGGCGGCAUUGGUGCCCACGCGGCGAACAAUCCGUGGAUGAAGUUGAUGGGCAUCGUACACAAGGAAAGGAGACAUCACGAUUCGGGUUCAGUUGCCGCCGCUGCAUCCGGGGUUCAGGCAUCGGUUACAACUGGAAGCAACGAUCGCACCCUCAAUCAAUCGCUGCCGAAACUCAGCAGCCAGGACGAGGAUGGGCCGAACCCUCACACCCAAUACACAGGCGUCACACACUUCGAGCCCAUACCGCACGAUCAUGACUUUUGUGAGAGGGUCGUCAUCAACGUGAGUGGAUUACGGUUUGAGACACAACUGCGCACGCUAAACCAAUUCCCGGACACGCUGCUUGGCGAUCCGGCAAGGCGGCUUCGAUAUUUCGAUCCGCUUCGCAACGAAUAUUUCUUCGACCGGAAUCGGCCUUCCUUCGAUGCGAUACUUUAUUAUUAUCAAAGCGGUGGUCGACUUCGACGGCCAGUCAACGUUCCCCUCGAUGUGUUCUCCGAGGAAAUCAAAUUUUACGAAUUGGGCGAGCUUGCAACCAACAAGUUCAGGGAGGACGAGGGCUUCAUCAAAGAAGAGGAGAAGCCGCUGCCGUCGCACGAGUUCCAGAAGAAGGUCUGGUUGUUGUUCGAGUACCCGGAAAGCUCGCAGGGAGCACGGGUGGUCGCCAUAAUAUCCGUGUUCGUGAUUCUUCUCUCGAUCGUAAUAUUUUGCCUAGAGACCCUGCCAGAAUUUAAGCAUUAUAAGGUCUUUAAUACUACGACGAACGGCACGAAGAUCGAGGAAGACGAAGUGCCGGACAUAACUGACCCAUUCUUCCUAAUAGAGACUAUUUGUAUCAUCUGGUUCACGUUCGAAUUGUCCGUGCGCUUCCUCGCCUGCCCAAAUAAAUUUAACUUCUUCCGUGACGUAAUGAACAUCAUCGACAUCAUCGCGAUCAUUCCUUACUUCAUCACCCUCGCCACCGUAGUGGCCGAGGAAGAAGACACGCUUAAUCUACCAAAGGCACCGGUUAGCCCUCAGGACAAGAGCACGAAUCAAGCAAUGUCCCUGGCGAUUUUACGAGUCAUCAGGCUCGUCAGGGUGUUCCGGAUAUUCAAAUUGUCCAGGCACAGUAAAGGCCUCCAGAUACUUGGACGUACUCUGAAGGCCUCUAUGAGGGAACUCGGUCUUCUCAUCUUUUUCCUUUUUAUCGGUGUGGUGCUAUUUUCAUCGGCGGUAUACUUCGCGGAGGCCGGCUCCGAGAAUUCAUUCUUCAAGUCCAUUCCGGACGCGUUCUGGUGGGCCGUUGUCACGAUGACGACCGUGGGCUAUGGUGACAUGACGCCCGUGGGAGUCUGGGGGAAAAUCGUUGGUUCCCUAUGUGCGAUCGCGGGUGUAUUGACGAUCGCGUUACCCGUCCCCGUCAUCGUCUCCAACUUCAACUACUUCUAUCACCGUGAGACUGACCAGGAAGAAAUGCAGUCACAGAAUUUCAAUCAUGUGACUAGCUGUCCAUAUCUCCCUGGCACGUUAGGUCAGCACAUGAAGAAGAGCUCGAUGUCGGAGUCGUCGUCGGAUAUAAUGGAGCUGGAAGAAGGUAUUCUACUGGCACAACCAGAUAUGACGAAGAAGCCCAACUGCAACCCUCGCCACAAUAAUAAUAUUAAUCCAGCCUGCAUGAGCAUCGAGACUGACGUCUGACUACUAGUGAAGGAGACGGUGGCAGCGUGGUGGCCGAUGUUGGGACAGUUGUCGAAGAACAGCUGUAACUCCCUACGGUGCCUAACGUAGACCUCCUUCAUAAUAAAAAAAAAAAACAAAA